CGGAGCACUUUAUCUGUCUUGGAGAGUGGCGGAGCCGAGGCGUAACAUUUUGAAAGGUUGUGUCCAGUAAAUAAGCCACAGAAAGCGGGCAUGAGUUAAGGUGGUUUACAGGAACAAAUCUCGGUUUCUUCAGCGGAAGAUAAAACAACUGGAAAGUUUUGUUUCCGGAGGAACCGUUGGAAUAUUGAGAGCAGCAAGGAACCAUUCAACUCCGACCUCAUAUGCAAAGGCUCCAUGGCAUAAAGCCUGUCCUCACAUUCAGCCGGUCCCUAGGGAGAGCUGCCGAGGAGCUCACUACUCUGACGCCCCGCUGCCAUUUUCCACAGCCUGAGGGGAACCAGGAAGCAGUCGGCAGGAGCCAUGCCUGCCCUGGCCACCGGAGCCGGCCACGAGCCAGGUCUGUACGAGCUGCUGGCGGCUCUGCCCUCCCAGCUGCAGCCCCAUGUCAGCCGCCCCGAGGACAACACCUUCCUCCAGGACAUGUUCGGGGAGAAAAGCCUCCAAUCGCUCGUCAAGAUCCACGAACAGCUGCAGCACUACGAACAGAGCAAACCCGUCCCCAUCCUGGACAGCGCCGCAGCUCUGGCCAAUGAAUUGUCUGAGGAGCUGGAAGGAAAAUCAGCCAAUGGAGAAAUCAAAGAGCUUCUCAAACUACUGGCCAGACCCCACGUGAAGAGCCUCCUGUCGGUCCAUGACACUAUUGCCCAGAAGAGUUAUGACCCCGAACUACCUCCACUGCCUGAAGACAUCGACGACGAUGAGGAUUCUGUGAAGAUUAUAAGACUGGUCAAAAACAAGGAACCUCUCGGAGCAACGAUAAGGCGUGACGAGCGCACUGGAGCCAUCCUCGUGGCCCGGAUCAUGAGAGGAGGGGCAGCUGACAGAAGCGGGCUGAUUCAUGUAGGAGAUGAACUGAAGGAGGUCAAUGGAAUCCCUGUGGAUGACAAGAAACCAGAGGAAAUCAUUCGUAUUCUGGCCCAGUCGCAAGGAGCGAUUACCUUUAAAGUCGUCCCCGGCGUCAAGGAGGAGGUGCCAACCAAGGAGCCAAAGGUGUUCCUGAAGGCACUCUUUGACUACGACCCUAAAGAGGACAAAGCCAUCCCAUGUAAAGAGGCUGGACUGGCCUUCAAGAAGGGCUCCAUCCUUCAGAUCAUGAGCCAGGAUGAUGCAACCUGGUGGCAGGCCAAACACGAGGGGGAAGCCAACCCCCGUGCCGGCCUAAUCCCGUCCAAACAGUUCCAGGAGAGGAGAUUUGCACUGCGGCAACCUGCUGUGACUCUCCAACCCCAGAAGACCUUGAGCCGGCGAUCAUCUGGGUUCAGGAGGAGCUUCCGUCUGAGCAGGAGGGACAAGAAGACCAACAAGUCCAUGUACGAGUGUAAGAAGAGCGACAUGUACGACAUGGCUGACGUGCCCACGUACGAGGAGGUUGUACCGUUCCGCAGGCAGAGUGGAGCUAAACACAGGCUGGUGGUCCUUGUAGGACCCACAGGAGUCGGCUUGAACGAGCUCAAGAGGAAACUGUUGAUCUCAGACCCCCAGCACUUCAGCGUGACCAUCCCACACACCAGUCGGGCCAAGAAGAACCAGGAGACCGACGGCGUGGAGUACCACUUCAUCUCCAAACAUCUCUUUGAGACGGAUAUCCACAAUAACAAGUUCAUCGAGCAUGGCGAGUACAAAGGGAAUUAUUAUGGGACAAGCCUAGACUCAAUACGCUCCGUCCUCUCCAAGAACAAAGUGUGCCUAUUGGAUGUCCAGCCUCAUACCAUAAAACACCUUCGGACAGCAGAGUUUAAACCCUACAUUGUGUUCGUAAAGCCUCCUUCGAUCGAGAGACUGAAGGAGACCAGACAGAACGCCAAAAUCAUAUCGGGCAAGGACGACAAGGGAACUGCCAAGCCAUUCACGGACGAAGACUUCCAGGAGAUGGUGAGGACAGCCCAGGCGAUGGAGACCCAGUACAGCCACCUGUUUGACAAGGUCAUAGUCAACGAUGACCUCUCGGCGGCCUUCGGCGAGCUGCGGUUGGCGCUGAGGAAAGUGGAGAUGGAGACUCACUGGGUUCCAGUCGGCUGGACUCACUCCUGAGAUCCGCACAGACUGCGAGAGGAGAAAAGGGAAGGGCUUUGACAAAAAUAUGCAGGUUUUUUUUUAUCUUUCUAUGUCAGCUGUGGCUGGUGUUCGGGGAUAAAGGGAAUAAAACAAGGCAGCGCCAGACUGCUGUGUCGCCGCACCUGAGCUGCACAGAGCUAAAAAUAAGCUUUCGCCUGAGAUCAGGUUGGAUUUCGACCUCAGCUGUGGUCUGGAUGUGGAUCUCCAGGUCUGACCAGAUCUGACAGAGCUGAGGCUAAGGGCUUCUCUCCAGAAUACGGGCCUUUAACAUUGAUCCUGGUCUCAGUCUGGGCCACACAACCGUGGCAACGACUUGGAGCUCCUCGGUCCAAGCCAGAAUGUGGAACGAGCCUGGACCAUCACAGCACCAGCAGUCCUGCCAGCACAUCAGUAACCGCGCCAAGCAGGACUCCGUCUUUAGUGUGUUUAUAACAUUAGACCAUUAGAAACCAAAGGGAUUGACAUAUUUCUUCUUGUGGAGAACUUACAUGCAUACGUCUGUAAAAGAACACAACCUCUGAGGGGAAAAAGGGGGAAAAGAAAACAUAUUUGCCUUCUGUCUUACUGUUUCUGUGCUUCUAUAAUGCUUCCAUGUCUCCAAACAAAACAUCAUCAGGUACACUCUUAAGAAAGGGCAGUAAGUGUAAUUUUAUUUAAGAGAAAUUAAUAUAUUUUCUAAUAUCCUCCGGUUGUUUUUUUGCAAACGUUUUUCUAUACAUAUCUUGACUUUUGACGCAACCUGAUCUCGACUGUAGCCACCUCUCUGACAGCUCCUCACACGAGGCGUCUCUUCUUUCAGUCAAGUGUUUUGAUUUCAUCACCCUAGUCUAGUUUUCCCCCUACAAAGCACAUACAGAGCCAUUUUAUUUAGGUGUUAUAUAUUCCAUUUAGGAGCGUUUCGAAAAGCCACUCUUCACAUGAAGGUGCCCAGCAUAACAGCUCUGCCAUUUAACGUCCCAGAACUGGACACUUGUGGCUGUCUGCUAGAAGAAAAUGUUCACAAUUGUGUUUUAUUAGGGUGGAGUCUUUAUUUUUAUUCACAUAAAAAAUGGCUUCGGCGAGGCUGCUAAUAGAGGGUCCACAGCACACUUCCAGGAUUUUAACUCUGAGAAAUGCUAAGUAGCCGCUCCUGACUUUAUGAGCAUUAGAAGUUUAUUGCUAAUUUGAGUCUCCUGUUCCCAGUCUAACUUACUCAUUUUUACUCAGUACUUUUCUUUGUUAACUUCUGACUGAUUUUCAAAGCAGCUCGUCAUUAAUCCUGGCAGUACUUUUUAUCAUUAACAAUCUUACAGUCCUGGUAGUUCCUCGGUUCUUUGCUGCUGUUGUAGUGAAGAACUGAUGAAGAGGAAUAUUUUAAACUUUAAAGGAAGAGUUUCCCCUUUUAUUUGCUCCUUGCAAAGACUAAAAUAAAAUACCUAUACUACUUUCAUGUCUAUACAAUAUUUAUUGACCCGGAGCCAAGAGAUGCUUAGUUUAGCUUAGCAUAAAGACUGGAAACAGGGGGAAAUGGCUAGCAUGGCUCUGUCCAGUGUUCCUAAAUAUGUUCAGUAGCACCUCUAAAGUUGUGGUUUUAUGAACUUAUCGUUUCUGUUUUUGAAAAAGAUAUUUAUUUAUAAGAUUUAAAGGUGCUGGUACACAUAUUUUUUAAUUUUGGAGAGUGAGCCAGAGCAGUUAUUUUCCCAUGCUUUGUCUUAAUGCUAAGCUAAGCUAAUCACUUUCCAGCCUUGGCUGCAGCUGUUUUCUAUCCAACCCACUUUAGAUGAAACCAUGCCCACUUUUUGCAUGCUGACAAGGCCUCAUGAAUGGCUGCCAGCUUACGGCUAGCCAGCGCUAUAGAAAGAGACUGCUGCUGGCUAGCUAGAACAUGCAUGGAUGCACCCCUCCACCUGACCUCACGCAGACUACAAAGCCAUAAAGUUUGCUGAUCCGUCAGGGAGUCGGGGCGGUCCAGCCACGGAAGGUCAGUGUCUGUGAAAUAUAACAGUUACAUAUGGGUAGUUAAAGGGAAACUUUGCUGAUUUUUAUCUGCCGGCCUUUUGCUAGCAGAUGAGUAGUCUGAGUGGGCGGAAGUUCGCUGCAUAGAUCAGCCUCUCAUUGGGCGGAACGAGCCACCCGCUGAAGUC